CGUUCCCGCGGCGGCCGCGGCCUGCUGGAUCUUCAGCCCGUGCUCGUCUGUCCCUGCAACGGCAGAGAGGCCGUGGGGCCGCGUCCCCGGGGACACCUCGGGCCGGGGACCCGGGGGGUGCGGGUAGCGCGGCGCCCGCGCUCACCUGUGGAGAGGCGGCCCGGGCCGGCGCCGCAGAGCCCGCGGUAGCGGUGCAGCGCGUCGGCCAGCAGAGCGGAAUACAGGCAACUUGUUGCAGCGCUGGAAUGUUCCCAUAGAACUGCAGAUGAGCAGACAAGUGGCUGGCUCUGGUGUGCCCGGGGGCAAAGGCGAUAGUUCUAUUUUUGUCCUUAUUGUGGGCUUAUCAACGUUAGGAGCGGGUGCCUAUGUAUACAAAACAUUGAGAGAAAACAAAGAGCGAUUCACCAGCCGCGUCUCAUCAAUAACUGGGCGGUCUCCAGAAGAUGAAUCACCUCGUUCCGAUACAGAUGCUGCUCCUCAGGGCGCAGCAGCUCCGGGAGCUCGUCCUGAGGUCCCAUCCCAUGUUCCGUUCCUGCUGAUCGGUGGAGGAACUGCUGCUUUUGCUGCUGCCAGAUCCAUUCGGGCUCGUGACCCUGGUGCCCGGGUGCUGAUCGUGUCUGAAGAUCCUGCCCUGCCCUAUAUGCGUCCACCUCUGUCCAAAGAACUGUGGUUUUCAGAUGAUCCACAUGUGACAGAGACUCUGCGAUUCAAACAGUGGAAUGGAAAGGAGAGGAGUAUAUAUUUCCAGCCGCCGUCGUUCUAUGUGCCUGUUCGUGAUCUGCCUUUUGUAGAGAACGGUGGAGUAGCAGUUCUCUGUGGCAAGAAGGUUGUGCAUAUGGAUGUUAGAGGCAACACAGUGAAACUCAAUGAUGGGACCCAGAUAUCUUAUGACAAAUGUCUCAUUGCCACUGGUGGUUCCCCAAGGAACCUCCCUGCCAUUGAAAGAGCAGGAGAGGAUGUACAGCAGAGGCUGACGCUGUUCCGAAAGAUUGAGGACUUCAAAAAUUUGGAGAAGAUUUCAAGACAAGUCAAGUCUGUCACAAUAAUUGGUGGUGGUUUUCUUGGCAGCGAGCUGGCCUGCGCUCUGGGGAGAAGAGCACGAACCAGAGGCCUGGAGGUGAUUCAGCUGUUUCCAGAGAACGGCAAUAUGGGCAAAGUCUUGCCUGAGUAUCUGAGCAACUGGACCACGGAGAAAGUCAGACGAGAGGGCGUUACCGUCAUGCCGAAUGCUGUGGUCAAGUCUGUCUGCGUCCGUGGCAAGCGGCUGGUGAUUGAACUGAAAGAUGGCCGAAAGGUGGAGACUGAUCACAUUGUGGCUGCAGUAGGGCUGGAGCCUAAUGUGGAACUAGCCAAGUCAGCUGGCCUGGAGGUGGACUCGGACUUCGGAGGGUUCAGGGUGAACGCGGAGCUGCAAGCACGCUCCAAUAUCUGGGUGGCAGGGGAUGCUGCUUGCUUCUAUGACAUCAAACUAGGCAGGAGGCGUGUGGAGCACCACGAUCACGCCGUUGUGAGCGGGAGACUCGCUGGAGAAAACAUGACAGGCGCUGCGAAGCCCUACUGGCAUCAGUCCAUGUUCUGGAGCGACCUGGGUCCUAAUGUAGGGUACGAAGCCAUUGGCCUUGUUGACAGCAGCUUGCCGACAGUAGGAGUUUUUGCUAAAGCAACAGCAAAAGACACGCCGAAAAGUGCAACGGAGCAAUCAGGGACAGGUAUUCGAUCAGAGAGUGAAACAGAAGCAGAAGCAUCAGAAGUUCCCAUUUCUUCAAGCUCUUCCCCAACGCCUCAAGUUCCAAAGCAAGGAGAAGAUUAUGGCAAAGGUGUAAUUUUCUACCUCAGGGAUAAAGUUGUGGUGGGAAUCGUGUUAUGGAACAUCUUCAACAGGAUGCCUAUUGCUCGGAAGAUCAUCAAAGACGGGGAGGAGCACGAUGAUCUCAAUGAAGUAGCAAAGCUUUUCAACAUCCACGAAGACUAAACUCCAGAACGGGAACACUGCGUAGGAGUGAGUAAGGCGGGGGGGCUGUGCGCACCCCUUCAUCCGAGUCCUUGUGAAUAUUUCUGGUCAACCUAGAAUUCUAAUGUUUGCACCAAUAAAGUCAGGUUGUUCUAAGUCAAA